GGCUGUCUAUCACAGCUAGGUGUGGUUGGGGUCGUUAUGCGGACGCUUGGAGAGCGGACCGGAGGUAGGUAUCCGGCCUGGGCCCAGGACUAGCACUGAAUUGAAAAGCGCGAAUACAGUGAAACUCAAACAGAAUCUGAAGGUUGAAGAUUACGUUGAAGUCCAGUGAAAAGCGUACAGUCCAAACAGCAGUUUUGAGAUGGCAGGAUUCCUGGACAAUUUUCGCUGGCCGGAAUUUGAAUGUAUUGACUGGGGAGAAAGCAGAAAUGCAGUUGCUUCUAUAGUAGCUGGGGUGUUGGCAAAUUGUUUUAUUCUCUGGCCAGUUGCUUCCUUUAACUGUAAGAAUAAAAAGGAUGAUGAGGUGAUUGGGGGAAGACAUUGUGGUCUGAUGGUUUCUGCACAAGCAUCAUCAGAACAGAUGCAACGGAGUGCAUUCCAUGCUGGAUGUCUUUCUUUUACAGGUGCACGAAUCUGGCUUUUUAUUGGUUUCAUGCUGAUGUUUGGAUCUCUCAUAGCUUCCAUGUGGAUCCUGUUUGGGGCAUAUGUUGUACCUAAGAUUAAUGUGUAUCCAGGUCUGGCUGUGUUCUUUCAGAAUGCAUUAAUAUUUUUUAGCAGCCUAAUCUAUAAGUUUGGAAGAACGGAGGAACUCUGGGCAUAACCCCUGUCAUGUCAGCACUGACUCAGGAUAUUCUGCACAUGAACGAUAACUGCAAAUACACAUUGCUUCUAAUUGGCCAAAUAUUACUUCAAGUUGAUUUUAGAUAAAAUGUAAAAUGUAUCAUCAAAAGAUUUUGAAAGACUCAUCUUUUUAUUUUAUGAACAUUUUAGUAUUUUGUAUUCCAGUACUGCUUUGUGAAUAAUAGUUACAUUGAGUCAUAUAAACAGAAGAUGAUGCGCUGGUUGGGCUGAUAACUGUUGUAUGAUCUCUUAAAUUCAGUGUAAAAUAUAUGGAUAAUAUAUCAGAUAUGUUGCUAAUACUGUUAUUCUUGCUAUAAUGAUUGCGGCUUUGCAUUUUGUAAAAAAUCAAAUUCUGUACACCCGCAAAGCAGCAUAAGCUUGUAAACUUUAGAUUUGUGCAAAAUAUUUGUAAGAUUUAGAAUCAUAGAAUAGAAUCCUAGUUGUCCAUUUUAAUUAUUUUAAAUUUUAAAAUCACUACUCGCAUAUAUUGCUGUUGAACCAGAAUGUUUGCUGCAACUGUGUUUUGAAUUGUCUGAGGGAGGGAUUGCCACUAUUAAACAGGUUUAUUUUUCUUUGGUUAUUUAUGAAAUGAAUCUUCUCAACAGCGUGUUUUAAUGUGAAUUCCUCUGUUCAACAAAAUUUGAAAUAAACACAACCUGCUGUGUUGAA